AUGGAUGGGAAAACUUUUACAAAUCCAACUAAUUUAACUCCAUUUUGGCAUAAGAUACGCACGGACACUAACACUGUAGUUUGCCUGAAUUACAAUGGCAAUCGGGUGCUCGUGGCUGGUCAAUUAAAUUUUCAAUUGCUGACGAUUGAUCAAGUAGACGAUACCGAACAAUUUAAUGAAUUCCAUGAUUUUCGGAAUGCAUCAAAACAAGCGCGUACUGUAUUACAACCGACUGACAUUGGAUGGAAUCCAAAUGAUGAACAUUUUUUUGCGUCUGGAAGCACGACCGGCCUUUUGAACAUUUGGGAUGUCAGUCAAUUAGCUAUGAUAAGUCAAAUUAAAAUUCACAACUCAAGAAUUAAUCGUCUACAGUUUCAUCCAACAAAUCCAAAAUUACUAUUGACAGCAUCCCAAGAUGGAUAUGCAAAGUUAAUCGACUUUCGAACCUAUAAUACUAACAAAGUAGUGGCGUCAUUUCGUCACGUUAGCGAAGAUGGUUUUCGUGAUAUACACAUCAAUACGGCUAAUCCAAAUUUAUUCGCUGCGGCAUUGAACGACCAAUGCAUUGUGCCACUUUGGGAUAUUCGACGAAUUGAAUCGCCUGCAAUAGUGUUAACAGCAGCAGAUAGAACCCUAUGCCUUGCAUGGAAUGUGAAUGAACCCUAUUGGCUUGCUACUGGUGGCCGAGAUCGAACCAUUCGGGUAUGGAAUGCUCAAGACUCGAAUACUCGGCAAGAACCUCUAUUUAAAGUUCAAUCAUUCGGCACAGUUGCUAAACUCAGCUGGCGACCGGCAUGUCGUUAUCAUAUAGCAUGUUCAACACUCUCCGCUGAUCCACGUGUUCAUGUUUGGGAUGUUCGCCGUGCUUACCUACCCUACGCAUCUUUCUGUCAUCAUCAAAAUCGAAUUUGUGAUUUUUCAUGGCGUUCAAAUAGCGAUAAUCUAGUUUCAGUCGGUCGAGAUGAACGUCUGAUACAUGCUCACAUAUCCACUGCAAUCAAAACUGACCAAUUCGUUUCCUUAUUUUCUUUGAAUGUUUCAUCGAAAGGUCAUGUCUACAGCGCUAUGCCCAAUAUUGAUAAUGAAUAUGUUCGCGCAUUGUACGCCGAACAUCAUAUACCGACGACAUUUACUAGCUUGAAAAAGUACUAUUCUCAGGAAAUCAUGUCAACAUUUGUCAAAUGGAAUGAACAGAUCAGUGCGAAAUCAAUCAUUGGAAUUUAUAAGAAUUCUCUUGCAGAUAAUUCAGUUGAAGCAUUCCAUCAGUUUGCAAGACGAUGGUCAUUUGGCACGGGAGACAAAUCACCUGAAGUAUUAGGACAAAUUUGUGAUAUUAAUAGCAGCGUAGCUGAGCAAUUGAAACGGCCUGAUUUAAAAGCAACAUGGCAGGUUGUCAAAAUGAUUUAUGCCGAUUAUGACGGCUUACAAUGUUAUCGAGCACGUUCAUCAAGAAAUACACCGUCGGCAACAAAAACUCGUCAUAUUAGUGAUUCGCUGAGUGGCCAUCGGCACCAUCAUCACCACCACCACCAUCAUUAUCAUCAUCAUUUUCAGCAACAAACAAGUGGAAAACUAAAUGGUGGCGAUGUCGAACAGCAGAAUGCUGAUUUUAAUGAUGAGUUAAACGGGAGAAAUCGAAUUAAAUCCCAAGAUCAAAUCAUGCCGUCAAAUUCUCAAAUAGAAAUAAUCGACGACACUGAUACAUACAUUAUGCGAGAUGUCUUAACAGAUGAUAUUAUCUUUAUCACACCCGAAGAUGCAUUAAAUAAUAGUAAUGGUUAUGACAUGUUAUAUGACAACGAGAUUGACAUUGAAACAAUGCAUGAUGGUAUGCCUGUGAUGUCGAAUGAGACACCAUCAAUGAUUAAUGGUGAAAAUGAUAUGAAUGGUUUUGCUUUCAAUCGAUUAUCGCGUCAAUACGUCGACGUAAUGAUGUACGAGAAUGAAUUUGGGCCUGCAAAUGAUUUUGAUGAACACGAUAGCGCCAUACAAGAAUUAAUGCCAGUUAUGUUAUCAGAUGGUUCGGAUAAUUUUUUUACUAUCGACGAAAGUUAUUGUCCAACAAUGCAGAACCAUCCGCUGGUCUUUGAUGAUAUCAUACGAGAAACAAUUUGGUACUACGUAGAGAAUAAUGAACUUCAAGUAGCUGUACAUCUCUUGCUUGUACUAUAUCCGAAAUUAGGCGAAAACAAAGCGAAGGAAUUAUUUAACGGUGAUCAUUUUCGCUGGAUUGGAAUGUACAUUGAAUUACUACAGAAAUUGCGUUUAUUUGUGAAAGCCAAACAAGUAACAAAACAUUGUCUCGAAAAGGAGAAAAUACCAUUGACGUACGAGCCAAACGAUUUUGAUGGUACCCUCAUACUCUCUGCUCAGUCACCAGCACUGAGACGUCUCCACAGUUCAUCGCAUUCGUCAGCAAUAUCGAAUUCAAGUAAAACUUCAUCUCUAACACCAAAAGAUUUCAUGUGUUCUAUCUGUCGAAUUCCAUGUCGCGGAGUAUUUUCAUUUUGCGGCGUCUGUUUUCAUGGUGGUCAUAAUGAUCACAUUCGAACCUGGUUCAAUACUCGUGAUGAAUGUCCAUACGGCUGUGGUCAUCGAUGUAAAGAUCGCGAUACACAAAAUCGUCGUUCGCGUGGUAUUCCUCAACGUUUUACCUCAAAAUCAUCGUUUGUCUUUCAACAGUGA